AAAGGAAUGAAGAGAGAGAGAGAGAGAGAGAGAGAGAGAUGGCCUCUACAUCAGCUGCAUUGCUAAAUGGCUUGGGCUCUACCUUCUUGACAGGUGGCAAGAAAAGCCAAUCCCUCCUCUCAGCCACCAUCGCCGCCAGAACUGGCGGCGCCGCAUCUCCAAAGAGGCUCAUAGUGGCGGCUGCCGCCACCAAGAAGUCUUGGAUUCCGGCCGUUAAAUUCGGCGGCAACUUACUCGACCCCGAAUGGCUCGACGGCUCUCUCCCCGGGGACUUCGGUUUCGACCCGUUGGGCCUAGGAAAGGACCCGUCAUUCUUGAAAUGGUACAGAGAGGCGGAGCUCAUCCACGGCCGGUGGGCCAUGGCUGCAGUCCUAGGCAUAUUCGUGGGCCAGGCCUACACUGGAAUCCCGUGGUUCGAGGUGGGGGCCGCCCCGGGGGCGGUGGCCCCCUUCUCGUUCGGAUCCUUGCUCGGGACCCAGCUGUUCCUGAUGGGCUGGGUCGAGAGCAAGAGAUGGGUCGAUUUCUUCAACCCGGAAUCUCAAUCGGUUGAGUGGGCCACACCGUGGUCGAGAACCGCGGAGAACUUUGCCAACUUCACGGGCGAACAGGGUUACCCGGGCGGGAAAUUCUUCGACCCGUUAGGGUUUGCGGGCACAUUGAAGGACGGGGUUUAUUUGCCCGAUGAAGAGAAGCUCGAGAGAUUGAAGCUUGCGGAAAUCAAGCAUGCGAGGACGGCUAUGUUGGCUAUGCUUAUCUUUUAUUUCGAGGCCGGGCAAGGGAAAACGCCCCUCGGAGCACUCGGCUUGUAAAAAAUCUCGUCGACAUAUUCUUUUGUAUAAAGAAACAUUUCCAAUGUAAAGAGUUCAGUUAGUGCACUAGCGAUUGUGUCGCUUCGAACCUCGUGCCCGAGGUUGAAUCUAC